UAGCUUUCCUUUGGUCAAGAACGGAUUCGAGUCGGUUGCUUCUCUUUUUAUAGAGAGGUCCCCGAGAAACCCUUGUUUCAUCAUCGUCGACAUUUGGCUUAGGGUUUCUCCUCGGAUCUCUCCUAUUUACUUGAUUUCCGUUCUGAGCAAGAGGGUAAGAAGCCAACGAAAAAACCUUGCUCUUGCCUUUUCAACUCUCAAUUUCCAAGUGUUCAUGUCUGAACUCGACGGCCAGAUCCCAACUGCUUUCGAUCCUUUUGCCGAUGCUAAUGCUGAUGAUUCUGGUGCUGGAGCAAAGGAGUAUGUGCAUGUGCGCAUACAACAGCGCAACGGCAGGAAGAGUCUAACCACUGUGCAGGGAUUGAAGAAAGAGUUAAGCUACAAUAAAAUACUGAAGGAUCUCAAGAAAGAGUUUUGCUGUAAUGGUACUGUCGUCCAAGACCCAGAGCUUGGUCAGGUCAUCCAACUUCAAGGUGAUCAGCGGAAGAAUGUUUCUAACUUCCUUAUUCAGGCUGGCAUUGUGAAGAAGGAACACAUCAAAAUUCAUGGUUUUUAAGUUAUUGCAAGUGGAGAAGUGCUGGACUCCUAUUGAAGUUGAAGUAGAAGUUGAGAGCAUAGCUCUGAUAUAAGCUAUCUAUUCUUGAAUUCUGGUCUUUUAUUUCGUAAACUGUGUGUUUCUUAAGUCUAGUGGAUGUUAUGCUCCACCCUGAAGUCCUACAGGACGGGUGGCCUACUUAUUUGAACCUACCUCUGUUAAGAACAUAUGCUGUUUGAUGAUUUUCAAUAAAACUCUUUAUCAUUUACAAGUUAA